AGCUUUUUGUUGUUGUAAAUGAUAGCCUCGUUUAAGUUUACGUGAAACACUAUUCGCAAGAUGGCGGCGUUCAGAGUAACACGAGCUCUUGCAGGCACAUGCAGCAACCUUGCACCAAAUGUUCGAAUGUUCAGUUUAGGUUGUAAAAAUCUCCAAGAAUUUCAGUACAUAAUAACUGAAAAGGCUGGCGAAAAUGGUAAUGUUGGAGUUGUUAAAUUGAACAGACCAAAGGCCUUGAAUGCACUCUGUGAUGAUUUGAUGAAAGAUUUGGUCAAAGGUCUUGACAUGUUUGAGGAUGACAAAUCAGUUGGCGCCAUUGUCCUGACGGGGAGUGAAAGAGCUUUUGCAGCUGGAGCUGAUAUCAGAGAGAUGCAGGGCCUAGACUGCUCAAGAGUUCUGUCAGGCAACUUUCUCACUCAUUGGAACAGACUGGCAAACUGUAAGAAGCCCACGAUUGCUGCAGUAAAUGGAUUUGCUUUAGGUGGUGGUUGUGAGAUAGCAAUGAUGUGUGAUAUCAUAUAUGCUGGAGAGAAUGCUAAAUUUGGACAGCCUGAAAUCUUGCUUGGAACUAUUCCAGGUGCUGGUGGCACGCAACGUCUUGCGCGUGCAGUUGGCAAAUCCAAAUGCAUGGAGAUGGUAUUAACUGGUGAUAAGAUAUCCGCUAAUGAGGCUUUGCAAUUUGGUUUGGUCAGCAAAGUUUGUCCAGUUAAGGAAGUUGUCAAUGAAGCUAUCAAGCUGGCAACGAAAAUCGCAAGUAACUCGAAGCUGAUAACACAACUUUGCAAAGAAGCAGUAAACACAGGUUAUGAAGUGAGCUUGAGUGAAGGAAUUCAUUUUGAGAAGAGAAUAUUCCAUGCCACAUUUGCAACAAAUGAUCGACGUGAAGGAAUGACCGCUUUUCUUGAAAAAAGAACUCCCGAAUUCACAGAUAGCUGAACUUUUGUAUCUUGAGAUGGACACUCAGAAGAUCAGAUUGCGCUGAAUUUGUACGAUUAUGUAGAAUUGGAAAUGUAUGUCAGAAUUUGUGUUUAUUUCAA